AUGCCUCCGAACAUGCCCGCCGGGCGGCCCGGCACGCUCACACCCGAACAAGAAGUGAAGUUGCGCGAAAUGUGGGCAAUGACAAUGAGAAUAUUCGGGACAUAUGAGCCCCCUAUGGUCGAGAUUAAUGGCACCGAAACGCCAUCUUCCAUUGCGGCAAGCGAAAUAUCGGAAAAGGACGGCAAGAAAGAGAAGAAAAGCCGUCUUCACGUUUUCAGGCGGAAGAAGGGUGACAAAGGUACUGAUUCUGAAUCAACUACUACGUCUGGGACUGCAACACCGACGCCCUCAGAUAUCAGCUCGUUGUCGAUAGCGGACGAAGACGACAAGCACGGCCAGACGAAGGACUUCAGGGCCGCGAUAGCAAAUACCGCACCUGAGGAUCUGCGACAGGCGUUUUGGACCAUGGUCAAGCAUGACCAUCCGGACGGGCUUCUCCUCCGUUUCUUGCGCGCACGGAAAUGGGACGUGGACAAGGCGCUGGUGAUGAUGAUAUCGACCAUGCACUGGCGGUUGGAGCAAAUGCAUGUCGAUGACGAUAUCGUGAAGAAGGGCGAAGAAGCAGCUCUGCAAGAUAGCAAGAGUGGGGACGCUAAAGCGAAGAAAGAGGGGGAAGAUUUCCUGGCGCAGUUAAGAAUGGGAAAGAGCUACCUUCAUGGGCUUGACGGCGAAGGCAGGCCAAUGUGCGUUGUCCGCGCGCGGUUACAUAGGGCGGGCGAGCAGACCGAAGCCAGUCUUGAAAGAUUCACGGUUUACACGAUCGAGACGGCUAGGAUGCUGCUAAGGCCACCUGUCGACACCGCGACCAUCGUCUUCGACAUGACGGACUUCUCAAUGGCGAACAUGGACUAUUCGCCAGUAAAGUUCAUGAUAAAAUGCUUUGAAGCAAACUACCCAGAGUCCCUCGGCACAGUCCUCGUGUAUAAAGCACCCUGGAUAUUCAACGCUAUCUGGAACAUCAUCCGCGGCUGGCUAGACCCCGUGGUCGCCGGAAAAGUCCACUUCGCCAGGAACGUCGACGAGCUCGAGAAGUUCGUGCCGCGCUCGCAGAUACCGGCUGAGCUCGGCGGAGACGAGAAGUGGGAGUACUCAUACGUGGAACCGAUCGCAGGAGAGAACGCGAAGAUGGCAGAAGAAGAGCCAAGAGAGGCACUGCAAAGCGAGAGGAUAGAGAUGGUGAAGAGAUACGAGACCACGAUUUUGGAGUGGGUCAACGGGGCCGGGGUGACGGAGGGCCUGGAGGAAAGGAGAAAAGAACGGGAUACUAUUGCUGAAGAGCUGAGGCAGAAUUAUUGGAAGCUAGAUCCUUACCUCAGAGCACGAUCCCUGUACGACAGGAUAGGCAUGAUUGAGGAGGGCGGCUUGCUGAAUUUUUACCCCAAGGCGAAGAAGGAUCUUGCCCCUCCGGCGGCGGCUCAGCAGGAGACGGCCAGAGUGCCGCAGACGAGCGAGGAUGAUCUCGAUUAA